UAAACGCCAAAGUUAAUGAAUGGGCCUUCCUCACGCCAAGAAAAAAACACCUUUCCCCUCAGAAGGCUCCGAGGCCUUUCUAAAGAGGAGGAGCAGCAGCAGCAGCAGCAGCAGCCAAGGCCUCGGAGCUCACACCGUGUUUUGUCCCCAUAUAACCGGCAGGCACCGCUCAGGUCCCCGAGAACCACCGUGCCUUGCGCCGCGCCAGCUCCAGAAACCAACGAGAACGACCCUUUCGGUGAUUUGGAAACGGUGGCAGAAUUCGUUAAAAGGGUCAACGCCUACUUCGUUAAACACGAGAACGGCUCAGAGGUAGCCCCGCCAACGUCAAAACCAGUUUCUCACAGUCAGAUUACACGGCUAUACAGUCGGUUUACCAGCCUGGACAAAGGGGAAAAUGGCACUCUUAGCCGUGAAGAUUUCCAACGCAUUCCAGAACUUGCUAUCAAUCCAUUAGGGGACCGGAUUAUCAAUGCUUUUUUUCCAGAAGGAGAAGAUCAGGUGAAUUUCCGUGGAUUCAUGAGGACUUUAGCCCACUUUCGACCUAUUGAAGAUAAUGAGAAAAGCAAAGAUCAGAACGGACCAGAGCCACUUAAUAGCCGGAGCAACAAGUUGCACUUUGCUUUUCGGCUUUAUGAUCUCGACAAAGAUGACAAGAUUUCCCGAGAUGAGCUGCUUCAGGUCUUGCGAAUGAUGGUUGGUGUAAACAUCUCUGAUGAACAGCUAGGCAGCAUUGCUGAUAGAACGAUUCAGGAAGCUGAUCAAGAUGGUGAUAGUGCAAUAUCCUUUGCAGAGUUUGUUAAGGUUUUGGAGAAGGUGGAUGUAGAACAAAAAAUGAGCAUUCGAUUUCUUCACUGAUAAAUCCAGUCCCAUUCCUUGUUAUCCUAAUAUUCAAGAAACACAAUUUUACUCUUCUUUCUCCUGAGCAUUGCUACUGGUGCAUGUGAGGUACAUCUGCAAACCUUCCCCAGUUUGUUCCAUCAAUGUGAACAUUCCUUCUGCAUCAGAACAAAGAAACAUGGCUGCAGUGCAGCUUGGAAUGGAGUACUGAAACUGCCUCCUCUUCAUGGUUCUGUGCUUUCCUUUCUGAUUAUAAAUAAUUUUUCCCUACAUACUGUGGUGUUCUGUUGUCUUACAAAUUCUCAAUUAGGAAAGUAGACAAAUUGCAAUUAAAAAUGACUUAAAAUUUGUUUAGGAUAAUGUACAAUAGUCUGAUCUGUGAUUAUUUAUAUGUCAUUCUCCUGUUGCUUGUGCCUGCUACUGUGGCAUUUUCCACGAGUUUAGAAGUCAAUUUACGCAUUUGCCAUCCCACACCAGUUAUGUGACUUGGCACGUUGCAGCAGAUGCCUGUAACUGAUUGCUUAAUGUGGCAGUUCAUUGCUGAAAUUUACAAUGAUGAAUAUAUGAAGGAAGAAUAUUUUUAGUUAGAUUUUGACCACACUCCAUUUGGUUUAACUUGCCAGCAUAAUGGAAAUUAUCUUUUUCUCCUUUUCUUGAUUUCAUUUAACUAGAUUGCCACUCAGUCUCCACUAAAUGGUUUAAAGUAGUAAUGCAAGACCAAUGGUUUUGUUUUCAGGAUUAAAACUUGCAGGAUUACAGUUUUCCAAAUCUGUCAAAUGUAAUGAAUUUGUUCAAAGGAACGAGACAUCUGCCAAGAGUGUAAAUUGUAAUAUAGUUUAUUACUGAUAUUUCUUUACUAUUAGAAGUUCAGUAUCCUUUCUGUGAUCCCCUUCCACUACUGUUUCUUUUGUAAUCUGUACUCUUCACUUUCCAAUUUGUGUUUUUUUAUUAUCUGUUUUUCGAUAAAUGUUUGUAACAUAACUUUGUUGCACAGCUAUAGUGAAUAUCUUUUCACACUAAUUCUGCCAUGCUUUGAUUUUUUUAGACUUCAACAUAUUUGGGAAAUCCCAGACUGGGAGAAUGAGGAAGUACCAACUGUCCUCAAGCUAUAUGAAAAUACUCAUGAUUUUUAAGAUAAUGUCUAGCACCUGUACAAACGUUGACCUAAAGUGAUAAAUUAGAUCUAUUUCUCUCCAAGUAUGUAUAUGCAGAAAUUAAAUAUCACAUCUGCAGAAGUAAAUAUUGUUAGAACCUUAGCGCGAUACAGACAUGAAGUAGCAAAAAGUAUGAAUGGGAUAAAUUCUCCAGAAUGGGUUGCCUUUGCUUUAAGUAAACAAAUAUGUUAUACUAAUUGUCAAAUCACUUUCACAAUAAUUUUUGGUUGUGAAACUUAAGUUUGCAAAGUUAGGUAGAAUUAUUUCUACUAGGACACAGAGUUCAAAUGCUUUUACCCCUUGCGGCUUUCCUGUAAGAAUUUCUAUGAGUAUUGAGUUCAUUUUUAUUCAGUUUAUUUAACUCUUGCACAAUUCAACUGUCUUUCAAACUUGCACAAAAUUUUACACUAAACUGCACAAUGAGACCUCUUUCUUUUUUUAUUCAAUCAUUAAGUUUCAGAUGUGUGAGGAACAAGAUUAAAGCAUGAUUUUUCUCAAACAAAAACACAGACUUUGGGUCAUAAUGGGACAUAGGAAUUUUAUAAAGAGAAGAGAAGUGAGAAAGUACUACCAAGAUGUUAAGCUUUCAGAUAAGCUUCCUUCCUUUGGCUCAGUAGCUGUAAUCUACAUUUGUGCCUUGGUAGACCUCUUGUAUUCAUCAAUCCAUGAAUAAAAUUCUGAAACUUGG